AUGAAUAAAGUAUGCAAAAAUUUUCUCACAGUAUUUAUUGUUUUAACAACAACUAUCACACUAUUACUUACAAAACGUCAAGAUCAUCGAGUAUCUCGUCCACAACAACAAUUAUCUGCUAUCGAUUUAUAUGAAUAUGCUCGAUUACUCACUAUUAAUGGUUUAAUUGAUCCACCAUGCAAACAAACUCAAAAUAUUUAUGUUUGUGCUGGCUACUGUCCUUGGACUAACACCCGCAAUAACAAGCUUGUUUCAUGUUCUUUUCUUCCACGUAAGACUAAUCCUGACUUCAUCAAAUAUAAUAUUUAUUGUACUCCUGAUCCUGAUCAAUGCCCAACUUAUAAUGCAUGGCUUAAAGACAGUUUGCCACUAACACUUCAACAUAUCAAAAAAAUACCUGAUGAUCUUUUAUCUAACUUUACACUAAACUAUACAAUACCAGUUGAUUAUGGGUCUCAAGAAUUUCGUGCGGGUGAUGCUUUGCCAGCAAAAUGGACAGUUGAUCUCAUUGAAAACUAUCGUAAACAACUACGAUCAAGAGAAGCUUAUGGUUCAUAUGGUAACAAAGACAUAUAUCCUGCACUAGAUAAAUAUGCAUCAUUAGCCAUUAUCAAUAAGAAAUGUGCUGUUAUUGGAACUGAAAAUCCAUGGAUUGAAGCAGCAUUACUUGAAUAUAAUGCAUCAAGUGUUACAACGAUUGAAUAUGCAACUAUUCAUUCGAAUAUUCCUCGUCUAUUUACGAUAACACCAAUGGAUUUUGCAAAACAACAGCAGAAUAAUANAUUAGACAUUUUUUGA